GUAGAUUUAAAAUAUUAAAAUGCAUACAAUAUUUUUCCCUUGCGCUUUUCAAAAAGACCAAUAGGCCUACUGCCUGAACAUGAAAAUUGCUAAGGGUGUCAAAAAAUUUCCAGUAGAAACUGCCGAGUUUUUCAAGACGAGAAUACUUUAUGGAUAUAGUUUCGUUUUAUAAUCAUUUGCAUUUUAUAUGUUAAUUUAUAACCAAUUUUUCAUCCUAAUUAUUUAUUUUUUAAAAUUAAUUAUGAUUAUAAACCAGUACAUUCACUGCUGUCGACUUCAUAAGAAAACACAGCAGUUUUUUUCUUAUUUAAUAACUCCUCACUACAAAUUUUUACAGCUUUGCAUUCAGAAUGAUUAUUGAAUCAACAUGGUUCACUAUAUCUUGCCACUUGAUAUCUCAGAUCUAAUAAUAGAUAAUUCGCCUGCCAUACUGAACUGUACGGGUAUAAGGUAUCACUCCUCUCCCAUAACCUUGGUAGAAUUUCUAUAUGACGUUAAGUCAUCCUGCUCAUAUCAUAUCUAAUCAUCUUUCACUUGUGAUAAUUAGAGAGAAGGCCUGAAUUGAUUGUUCCAAUUAUAAUAGCUAUCUAAUUUGACAAUUUGACUAGCCUAGAUAAUAAAACUGUCAUCUGAUAGAUCUUUUUCUAUUAGAAAUAGAAGUUUUUCUAUAUUGAUCUAAGGAACCUUUUUCAACUAUUCUUAUUCAAGCGCAAUACACCCGUAAAUCAGAUAUUUGAUCCUUCUAGACUAUUCAUCUACUUUUUACAAUAAUUUUUUGUAGGCCGACCUAGCUCGACUCGUAAUAAUGUUCAUAGUUACAGAACACCUAUUAGAUAACCAUAAUCAUCAAUAUUGACCUUAAACUGUUGCACUUACAUAAUUACAUCCAACCUCAUCAAUAGUAACUUAAUUAAAAAAAGUUCAUUGAGUACGGUAUGCCUAUUGCAAACCACCUAUCAAGUUUGAGUUAUGCAGGCCUUUGUUUGUACAUCCAGCCAAUCAAAAUUAUUGUAUUGUAUCCUCUUCCACUCCCUCUUCACCCAAGGAAUAUAGACGAAUACCCUACCUAAUUAUAGAAUCUCCCACUACCAAUACAUUUUUUGAAGGAUCUGUUUUUGAAAGAAUAGAAUACGGUUAUUCAUUAACUCACUAGUCUGAGGCUAAUCAAGAACUGAUUAUAGCGGAAUGUCUACUAGCAUGGAUUCUAUUAUAGUUUUGAUUCUGGGCAAUAUCUGGACAAAUGUUCAUUACACUUUUCUGAAAAUGCUCUUGUAUUUUGUGGCAUUGAUGGGGGUGAUAGUCAUUUAUCACUUCUGGAGGCUGCACAGACUAAAUCAACAAACAAAAGAGAUAAAAGGCUUACCAUCGCUACCCUUCAUUGGCAAUGCCUACUUACUUCUGGGUCUCAAAAAAGCUCAGAUGACAACAAAAGUGAACGAAAUUAUAUCAGCUCAUGGAAGUAUCUUAAGAUUUUGGAUGGGACCAUUCCUUUGGAUAGUUGUGUCAGAGCCGAAUUACUUGGAAGCAAUUAUGACAAGCGAAUACGCAACUAACAAGAGCGAAUCUUAUCAAUUCUUCAGAUUUCAAGCAGACGGAAUUUUCAUUGCUUCAGGACAAAACUGGAGGAGAUUACGGAAAAUUGUGUUACCAUCUUUUCAUCAACGGCUGAUGAGAAACUACUUCAAUGUUUUCAAGAAAGAGAGCCGAUUGUUCACUAGUCUAUUGGAGAAGGAGGUGGAUAAGGGAACUUUCGAUAUGCACGAUUACGUAUCGAAAUUUACAAUGGAUAUUCUGUGUGGUACCUUGAUGGGAGUAGAAAGUAGAGAGCAAACAGAUGGAAAUAUGGAGUUCGCCAAGAACCUUCAAUUAUCAACGGUGAUAAUAAAAGAAAGACAUUACAAAUUCCACCUUGGCUUCGACUUCAUCUACAAGAUGACUGAUGGUGCGAAGAAGGAGGCUCAAUACAAUACAAAUCUUCACAAUUAUGUUAUUAAAAUAAUCAAUCAACGUAAGAAACUCAUGAAUGAAUUGAAAGACAAGAAGGCUGAUGAUAAUUAUGAUGAUGACGAUCUAGGAAGACCAUCUUAUCUAGAUUUGAUGCUGAGUCAGUAUGAAGGAUUAUCUGAUAAGGAGAUUGCAAUCAAGAUCACUGACAUGUUCAUUGCAGGCUCUGACACGACUGCAAUAGCCAUCAGUUACUCCUUCUUAUUAAUGGGCAUGUAUCCAGAAGUACAAGAAAAAGUCUACAGAGAAGUGAUCGAUGUCAUGGAGUAUGGAGACUUUGAAAUUGAAAAACUAUCAAGACUACACUACUUGGAAAUGGUCAUCAAAGAAGUUCUGCGGUUAUAUACAAUACCAUGUGUGGUACGGAAGCUUGAGAAAGAAUUGAAGAUUGGUUCGACAGUGUUCCCAGCAGGAACCAGAGCUCUGUUGAGUCUCUAUGCAGUUCACAGGAAUCCUAAAUACUGGUCAAAUCCUCUCGAGUUCCACCCAGAUCACUUCCUACCAGAAAAUGUGUCAGCCAGACCAAAAUACAGCUACAUACCUUUCAACAUGGGACCUAGGAAUUGUCCUGGUCAACUGUUCGCCAUGCUAUCGAUGAAAACAGUGAUCGGAUAUGCCAUCAGAGAGUAUGUGUUUCACUCCGACCUGAAGCUAACAGAUCUGGAGUACACCGAUGUCUUCAUGCUGGAGUCCGAGAACGGAUAUCCAGUCAAAAUUACAAAACGAUAACUAGCAGACCUUAGUAUUCGGUUAAUGAAUCGUGUAUAUAAUUGGUUACAUUCUAAGUUCCAUAUUGUUUUGUUUUGUAAAUAUUAUGAAUUUGUAGCGUUAAAAAUAUGUGAAUCACUAGUUGUAAUAAUAAACAGUUCUAAUCAA